AUGCCGCACGGCCCGCGCCGGCUUAGGCUAGCCGCAAAUUGCAUAGUUACGGUGGACUAUAGCUACGAUGUGGACUUCUGCAAAUCUCCGCCGUCAAAUGGGACUUCAGGCUCUGGGAAUAGCACAAAUCCCAGUCAGAAACGGCAGAAAGCAGCAGAUGUCACUCCUUUCCUACUUGACCAGCUCUCAGCCAUUGUCAGGGUUCUCCCUCUAGUGUCGAUCUCGCUCGAGCAGCUCCUCUGCCUGUGGACGGAUAUUCCUACAGUGGCCAUGGCAUCCACUACAUCUACCACGGGCACCAAGUCGCUGUAUGAGAGGUUGUUCUUCACGGGAAACCUAAAGAGGAAUGAUCCAGUGUUCGGUCCUAAUGCCAAUAGGGAUUACUUCACAGGUUCUCCACAAAAGCUGUCAGACAACCUGCCUGUGGUGAUGGCAGCCUUCAAGGUGAAGGCAGACGAUAUCCGGUAUCUAUUAGGCCUGGUGCCAGAUGCGUUUGGCACACCAAAUCCCAGCCCGUUGCAGGAUGUCCUCAGCAUCCCUGUUCUCUCACAGAUCUACCGGGCAGCACUGUUGUCCCAGGUCCUGGGCAUCAAGCUCUACGACAUCAGCCGGGCGAUCCAGGGCUUUGGACCUGCCUUCAAGUCUACUAUUACACUUUAUGACUUCAUCCACUACACUCCAGACAAUCCACUCAAACAUACUGCCAUGUCGCUCCUGGGCACAGCGAAGACCAUCAACGACAGUAUCAACACGAUCAAAGCUCAGUACAUGGAGGUCACUGACCCGUCACAUGCAAACAUGCAGUGUACCAACAACAUCAUUAAAGCAAGACUGGCCCUGGUCUGCAACGAUGAUACAGCCGCAAAGAUCCUGGACUUGCUCAAUGGCACCAACACCUUCAGCACAACCAAGGCGCCUAUCGUGCCGGAAACAGUAGCCGCUGCCUUCACGAAGAGUGUCACCAAGGCAGUAGUGAGUGGGAAGUUGACCUACAUCCCAUCAAUGAAAGGGGGCAAGGCCCAGGUGCUUUGCAAGGGCAUUAUGACAGCCAACAAGAUGGAGGCCGCCCACGAGGUAAUAUACUUGUUCAAUAAGGCAAUGGCAGUAACAGUGCUGGCUACAAGGGGAACCCCGGCGUCCAAAAUACUAGUCUCAGCUAAAGAACAGGUCGUACGGGAGAUGAAGACAGCAUGCAUAUUCAACACGGCGACAGUUGAUCUUCAGAGCAAUCCCUCAACGACGACAAUCCUAGCUGGUGAUGUGGACAAAAACACAACAGACCCACCUGUUGAUGCGAAGAGACCAUCUGAAAAGCAGUUCUUCUUUAUGCAGCACUUUAUCCCCUAUCUCCAACAGACCCUGGCCCAGAACUUCAUCCGCGACACUAUCAUCUCAGAUGUUGGCUCCCAAGACAGGACUCUAGCACAGACAAUUCUCGAAAACGUCACAAUCCAUGGAAAAGUCAAAUUAGAUUACCUACUGGAGCUGCUGGAUCCCUUUAGACAGGACCGGAACAACUUCCAGGGCUAUCUCAUCGUGCCAUGCAGCGACAGCUACGCCUUCAUUUACCCAGACAACUCGGAUACAGGGCCACCGCCCAUCACACUCAACUACAAGGUCUUGACCUGGACCAUCUACAAGGAUGACACAGCACAGCAAUACUGGGCUACGGACGCCAGUCAAGCUGUUCUUAAAGCUGGUACUCCGUACACGGCCUCAUUCGUGAACCUCAACCCAUCGUUACUGGAGUGGAAGCCGUCCUCAAAUUUCCGCGCUGCUGUGCCCGGGUCAGCUUUGGAGGUCUACAACCGCCUGAAGAUGACAGCCAUCUUGGUGAACCACUUCCCGCUGACGGCUGACAAGGUGAUCUAUAUCAUCAAGCACAAAGGAGACUUCGGCAGCAUGGACUUUAGCUCCCUGUCAAUAGCACAGUGGAAACGGAUCCAGGCUUUCAUGGCAUUCCAACAGUCACUGCCCUUAAGCGCAUGUCUCCAGCUCAUCAACCUCUUCAAAUGGUGCACGCAAAAUCCAACGGCAGUGGGGAGCGCGCUAGCGAGCCAGAUCUCACUUGCGACGACCUGGUUGGCCGGCGAUAUCAAGGCCAUGCUGGCGCGUGUCAACUUCUCCAUUGGCACGGGCAAUGACUUUCGCAACGAGAUUAUUCUCGUCCGGCUCAGCAAGCUGAUCGUCCUGAGUGGUACGCUGGGCAUUGAUAUUCCCAGGCUCUUCCACUGGUCCCUGCCACUGGGGACGGCCGCAAAGGACUAUUUUAGGCUUGUCAGCAUCAGCGCAGAUAUCGUGAAGGUCAUCCGCUCCAAGCUCGACGCGAUGAGUUGGAAUGAUGCCAUCCAGCCGCUCAACUACGUGCUCCAUGGGCAGCAACAAGAUGCCCUGAUUGCGUACUUGCUGGUGCAGGACGAGGUCCGCAAGCAGGGCAUCAUCAAUGCAGACAGUCUGUUUGAGUUCUUUCUCAUUGACAUCCAGAUGACGCCGCUGGUUGAGACAUCGCGGAUCAAGCAGGCCAUCGCCAGUGUGCAGGUCUUCAUCCAGCGGUGCUUCCUCGGCUUGGAGAAAGACAUCAACCCAACAUUGCGCAACGAUCGUUCGCCGUUCUUCGUCACCUUCCAGGCGGCGCUGAUGCAGAAGGAUCUCACGCCGGAUAUCAUCUCAUCAGCGGUGCGCAGCUAUCUGUACAGCGUCAAUGAAGUCUCCAACCUAGAGAUGACGGGGCUGUAUAUCAAAACGCUUGAGUCUCACAUCUUAGUUCGGACUGAGACCACUGUCACCACGGCCAUGACGACGACAACGCUCACAACGAUGGAUCCAGACACCUCAACGACCUCGACGACGGCUCCGGUGACAAAUAGGGCCAGCUUGGAGCAAACAAUCACAACAGCGAAGACGCAGAUCUACCUGUUUGCGCGGACGACAACCUCACCUUACAGCUACUACUACACCAGCUACAGCAACGGUUGCUGGACUGCGUGGUUGAAGAUAGACAUCGAGAUCCCCUUCUACACAGUGCAGAACGAGCAGGGCCAGGACGUCGCUGUGGGAGCCUAUAUAACUCCUAUCAUCAUUGGUGGACGCCUGCUUGUCUUCAUCCCUCAGCUCACCAAGAAGACUAGCGCGAAUCCCAUGCAAAGCAGCCAGUCCACACAGACACUGGGCAACUUGACCCAGGACCAGCUCAAGCCCGUCAAGCAGUGGGAGAUCAAUAUGAGCUGCACGGAGCUUCUCAACAGUAAUUGGACGCAGCGUCAGGUCUGUUCCGAGGGUACCAUGGUGUUAAAUAGGCUUGGCUUUGCCAAGAACCCAGACAGCACACUCCAGUACCCCCAGGUGCCAGAUCCUCUGUGUCCCAUCAACAGCUUCUCCUUCAUUGCCUCUGAGGUCCUGGCCCCGGAUGCGACUAAUCCCUUGAACAGGGUGCCCGUGGGCCUCGGAGAGGCCAGCAAUUUGGCCAUCCUACACCCCUUCACUGCAAUAGAUGACCUGGCCAGCGGGGCUGGGCCCCGGCUAGACGCCUUUUUCAAUGCACCGAUGGUGGCCAAGGGUAAAGUGCACUCCCCCUUCACGCCCAAGGUGGCUGCCCAGGGUCGUGGGAUUCUCAUCACCAAGACGGUCGAUCCGGUCUCUGGAAACACAGUACAGAGCAUGCAGCUGCUGUAUCACAAGCUCAUCCACCAGAUAAUGUCGGCUGCGAAAACACUGGGCCCAGUCACAUCGGCCCUGUUGCCGCUGUAUUCCUAUCUCGGUGGCUUGCAGGGCCUGGCUCCGGGACAUCGGGGGUCUAACCUGGCCGCGUUGGAGCCAUUCCCAGGUAUCAAUACAACGACCGGACAGCUGAACAACGCUGGAGGGUCCGUCGCUGGCCUGAUGCCGGCAAUGAGUGACCUGGACGAGGUGUUUGGCGGACUUGUCACCUCGGAAGACCAGUCGACAACAGGUUGGUUUAAUGAGCUGUCCACGCCCUUCUCGCUGUACAACUGGGAGAUCGGGCUACAUGCGCCGAUGCUGCUGGUGGACUGGCUGCUACAGAUGCAGUAG